UCACCUAGCCCGGUGCCGGUGGAGGCAACGGCAACGGAGCCCUUCUUCCCUUCCCCUCUCCUCUCCUCUCCUCUUCAAACGGCUGCACUUCAAAUCACCUAGUCCCCUAUAUAAGAAGCAGCUCUCCCUGUGGAAUCGCAUCCAUCCACAAGACCAACAACAUGACUGCCCACUGGGUUCGCAAGGGCUCUGAGUUUUUUUGUGGGUUUGUUACCGCCACCUUUGGCGUCUUUGCGUUAGUCUUAGCCAUUAGUAGUACCUUCAACACCGGUUCCUCUUCCACAGCGUCCACAUGUAGCUCAGCUCCACCUCCUGCUCCUAGCGACGCGUUGCGUUCUCACAUGGCUAUCUUGAAGCGGUGCCUAGCGAGCGCCGAGACCUGCUCGUUGCUUCUCAUCUUCUUCGUCCGGGCUGUUGUGGAGCGUGCACACGCGGCCCACGAGCGGGUCGCCAAGGACGAGGAUGCGGCGUACAAAGCCGCAUGCGACGCACUGGCGGCGGCCAGCAAGCAGCUCGGCGAACUCGGCCUGAGGGUCGACGACUGCAGCCAGAAGGUGCGCCAACGGCUGGACGACGAUGAUCUCUGGGCUGCUUUGGCCACCGAGCAGCAGGAGGAGGAGAGGCUCAUGGCCGAGGUGGAGCGCGCCAGGCAGGACGUCGACAGGAAGAAGCCAAAGGAAGAUACAGGAGAAGUGUAAGUUUGGUGGUUUUCUUGAGAUCAUUCCCUUGGCACUUGCUCUUGGUUUCUGGCUGCUGUUCCAUGGUUUCUUUGGCUGGAUCUCCAUAUCCCAAAACUGACUCUGGACUUGAUGAGUAUGAAGCCGGCUAUGAGUUCUUCGAAUUAGUUUGAUUUAUGCUUUCUUCAAAGUUGAUGUCCAUGUGCGGACAAGAUCAACAUUUAUGCUUCCAUGUUUUAGUUUUUAAAAAAAGCUGUGCCCCGUGGGCAAGAGCAGCAUUAGGCUAAGGUGGUGUCGGUGUGUGGUGGUUAGUGUAAUGCAAUGUAACCGGUUCAACUCAUCUUUAAUAUUAUUAAAUUAUAUGUAA